GAGAUCGGUAUAAAUAUGGGCGUUUGGGUGAGGGCAAAAGUUUACCUUAUCACAAAAAAAAGGAGCGGUCCACAAGCUUCUUCCAACUGUGGCUUUUCAAUUCCGUGUCCAAACAGUCCUACUGGUGCGAGCGUCAUCGUCUUCAUGGCUUCUCCCGAGAGGAUGAGAAAUCAAAGCUUUUUUUCGCAUGACGAUGACUGUGAUGAUACUGAUGAUGGGUAUGUAUAUGGGUAUGGAUGUGGGUAUGAACAGCUGCAACAUCCUCACAACUUGUCUAGGCUCUCUAUGUGCAAUUUGAAUUCCAUGUCGCUUGAUGAAGACGAUGAUGACGCUAAUGGGGUUGGGACGAGCAUGAUGUUGAUUGAGAGCUCGGACGGAGACGCCGACGAGGAACUGUCUGAUGAUAAGGAGGGGAAGGAAGCACUGGGUGGCCUGUUGUCGGACUCAGACAAGGAACCGGGGUGUUACUCGCUGCCGGCGACGCCGCCGCGGAGGAGGAACCGAGGCGGUUUGUUGAAGGUGGUAGGGGUGAAAGAGUACGCGAGCGAGAACGAAGCUCAGAAGAGUAGUUUGAAACAUAGAAUGAAGAGGAGGAGGGCGAAGGUGGUGAGGGAGAAGCGGGAGGAGAUGACUUGGGAUAAUAGGAAGAAGAAAGAGGAGGAGGGCUACGGCAGCGUCCCCUGCGGUGGAGGCGGAUUCACCAGCUUUAGUGGAGAGAGCGAGGGAGCUGGCUUGGUGGUGAUAACAAGGCCAAAAGGAGGGAGAAGAUCGCUGUGUAUGGACUUGGAGGAAGUGAAAGCCUGUAGAGAUCUGGGGUUCGAGUUGGAACACGAACGCAUGCUGGAGAUACCUACUCGAAUCUCCAUCUCCGGAUCAACCCUCGAGACCAGCAGUGGUGGCAACUCCCCCAUCGCUUCCUGGCGUAUCUCCAGCCCUGGUGACGACCCACGAGACGUGAAGGCCCGGCUCAAGGUAUGGGCACAGGCGGUGGCGCUGGCAUCCACCUCCCGCCACAGCAGCUAGCUAACCCAGUUACAGUUUUCAUUCUAAUGCUUUACUUUUUGUUGUCCCGAUUGUAAAUUUUUUCCCCUUUUUUGCUUCUGUGGGGGGUGAAAGAGGGAAUUUGCGUCUGCAUUGCUUCUUGAUUUCCAUUUCUGAAAGAAGAGAGCCCAUUGAAGGGCUUCUUCUGUAUGUUUUUUUUCCCUUUUUUUCUUUGGGAUCCUCUUUACUUCCCUGCUGUAAAUAUUCCGCCAUGGAUGGAGGAAGAGUACAUGAGCAUAAACUUCAGAAAAGGAAAAAAAAAAAAAAAAAAAAAAAAAGAGAGAGUUUGUAAAUAUGAUUCUGGAUAUUCUGCAUAUACCCCACUCCCCUGCAUCUGUGUAGAUUAGUGGAGAGGUUUUUUUAACAUUUUACAGCAACAUGAAAGGAAUGGUUAGUAGUUAGUAGUUCCAAAAUGCCAUGCAUAGGAGUUCUUCGACAAAAUCAUUUCACUGAAUUCCCCACUUACAGAAGCCUGCAAAACCAUGGGAUCCGCGUUCAAAAAGUAUAAAGUUCACGACACAUAAUUUUCCAUGUGAACCUUUGGAGGUAAAUGAUAAUGGGAAAAGCUGCCCACCCUGCAGCUAAAGGACCCCUUUAUUACUUUGGUGACGUCCCACAGCAUUCCCUUUCUAGUUUCUAAUCUAGUACCAUUCUUCUCUUUUUUUUUCUUUUUUUUUUUAUUUCUUUCAUAUGUCACGACUCACCAGACAGCAUGGACAUCAAUUGGAACACGGUUUGAUAUUUUUC